AUGCCAGAGACCUUCACUUAUCAAUUCGAUACCCCAGCCUUCAAGGGGGCAUCGACCAUCAAUACCGGCUUGUUCAUUGGUGGUAAAUGGGUAGACUCUGUUGAUGGGGAUUUCAUUGAUAUCGUCAAUCCCGCCACGGGUACACGCAUCACGAAAGUGGUAGCCGCGAGCGCGAAAGAUAUCGAUAUUGCCGUUGACACCGCGAAGCAGGCAUAUAAAACCGCCUGGGGAAUGAGAGUACCCGGGAAAACCAGAGGGCGCAUCAUUAACAAGUUGGCCGACUUAAUUGAGAAAUAUGCAGACGAGAUGGCUGCCUUGGAGUCACUCAACACCGGAAAGAUCUUCAACAAUUCGAGGCGAGGGGACAUCAACAGUGCCAUUGAAGUAUUCCGCUACUACGCUGGAUGGGCGGACAAAAUCCACGGGAAAGUAAUUGAGACUCACGAACAUGCCUUGGCGUACACCCGCCACGAACCUUAUGGCGUCUGUGGUCAAAUCAUCCCUUGGAACUUCCCAUUCAGCAUGCUCUCAUGGAAAGUCGCUCCGGCGCUGGCCACCGGUAACGUUGUAGUCCUCAAGCCGUCGGAAAUCACACCGUUUACCGCCUUGAGGUUCGCUGAUAUGCUCAAUGAAGCUGGCGUUCCUCCCGGUGUGGUCAAUAUCGUAACUGGUCUUGGUCCCAUCGCGGGCCAAGCCAUCAGUGAGCAUCAGAAGGUGGACAAGGUAGCCUUCACGGGAUCCACCCUCGUGGGCAGGAAGAUCAUGGAAGCCGCUGCUCGAUCUAACCUGAAGGCCAUUUCUCUUGAGCUCGGCGGAAAGAGCCCAAACAUCAUCUUUGACGAUGCUGACCUAGAACAAACUGUCAAAUGGACUGCAUUCGGUAUUUUUUCGAAUAUGGGUCAAGUGUGCGCUGCUGGAUCACGCGUGUUUGUCCAAGAGGGGAUUUACCCGAAAUUCAUUGAGGCAUUCACGAAGGCUGCUCAAGGUCUCGGAACUGCCAUCGGGGACCCAUUCGCAAAGGAAAGUAAGCACGGGCCCCAGGUGUCCAAGACGCAGUUUGAUCGAGUCAUGGGGUAUAUCGAGUCCGGUAAAGAGGCUGGCGCAAAUGUUGCUAUCGGCGGCCACAAACACGGGAAUAACGGGUAUUUCAUCGAGCCUACCAUCUUCACUGAUUGCCGACCCGACAUGAAGAUCGUACAAGAGGAGAUCUUCGGUCCCGUAGCCGCUGUCAUCAAGUUCAAGACUGAAGAAGAGGUGAUACACAUGGCCAAUGACUCGAUUUAUGGACUUGCUUGCGCUGUCUUCACGGAGAACGGAAGCAGGGCGCUUCGCGUCAUUCACGCACUCGAGGCUGGCACUGGAUUUGUCAACUGCUAUAAUACUGUGGGACCAAGUGUACCCUUUGGCGGAUACAAGCAGUCAGGAAUCGGGCGAGAUCUGGGGCAAUAUGCCUUAGACACGUAUACGCAAGUGAAGUCUGUCCAAGUCAACAUUGGGCAAAAGCUCUAG